ACGGUGAUCAAGCAUUUCACACGCUAACCGUAAAACAAAAGUGAAGAAGAAUUGAAAAAUAUCUACUAAUAAUGGAGUUAGCCUUCGGUACAUUUGAUUUAAUUAAAUUGGGUAUCAAACUUAUCGCUCAUAAAUUGCAACAAUAUUAUUUGACCACUAGGGAAUACGAAAUAAUUAACACGCUUUAUGGCCAAGUGAAAGGGGUGAAGCGUGUCACAGUAUACGAUAAGUUUUAUUAUGCUUUCGAAGGUAUACCGUACGCUAAGCCGCCCAUAGGAAAAUUGCGAUUCCGUGCACCUGAACCACCCGAACCGUGGAAACAUGUUCUGGACUGCACCAGCUGCCGCAGUAAACCGAUACAAAGGCAUUUGACAUUCAAAUUUAUUGAAGGCUCAGAGGAUUGUCUAUAUCUUAACGUAUAUACGAAGAAGCUGAAUAGCGAAACACCGUUGCCGGUAAUGGUAUGGAUUAACGGUGGUGGCUUUCAAGUAGGAGAAGCUACACGAGACGUGAAUGCGCCGGAUUACUUCAUGUUUAAGGACGUGGUAUUGGUUACCUUCAACUAUCGCCUUGGAGUUUUUGGUUUCCUAAGCUUUAAUGAUCCUGAAUUAAAUGUACCUGGCAAUGCUGGUCUUAAAGAUCAAGUCAUGGCUUUACGUUGGGUCAAGGAUAACAUAUAUAAUUUUAGUGGCGAUCCGAAUAAUAUAACGUUGUUUGGAAUAAGUGCUGGAGCAGCUUCAGUACACUUCCUCAUGUUAAGCGAGCAGGGACAUGGCCUAUUCCACAAGGCUAUUUUGCAAUCUGGUUGCACUUUAAACCCUUGGGUUAGCACAACUUUGGCUGAUAGGAAUUAUCGUUUGGCCUGCUCUCUUGGCUACCACGGUAAUAACAGUGACCAAGAAAUCUAUCGAUUUCUAAGUAAACUAGAACCGAAAUGUUUGGCAGAUCCGGAGGCAUAUCUUUUGAAUAAAUCCGAACUUUUAAUGUAUAUGGUGACUAUAUUUGUUCCUGUGGUGGAACCUUAUGAAACUCCCCAAUGCAUCAUUAGUAGACCCUACAAAGAUUGUCUAAAGAAAGCUUGGAGUAAUCAUAUACCUAUAAUGAUUGGCGGUGCCUCUUAUGAAGGACUUUUUUACAAAACUCUUGUUCAUUUGCAUCCUUUCUUAAUCGAAGAAUUGGACGAUUGCUCGUCAUUGUUAAUGCCAGAAACGACAAUAUCGCAAAGUCCACAAGAAAUACAGAAGAUGUCUUUAGAGCUUAAGAGAACCUAUUUCAAAACUAAAAUAUUGUCUGUGGAACAAAACUUAUAUGAAUAUUUGUACCUGAUGUCGCACCGCAAUUUCUGGCAUGGAGUGCAUCGCGUCAUAUUAGCACGUCGCAAAUAUGCUCCAGUUGCCGCCACCUAUUGUUAUCGUUUCGAUUUCGAUUCUGAAUUUUUCAAUCAAAUUCGUAUUGCGAAAUGUGGUUCCAAAGUACGAGGAGUUUGUCAUGGUGACGAGUAUUCCUAUCUCUUUUAUAAUGCGUUGGCCAGUGCUUUGGAUUGCACCAGCAAUGAAUACAAAACCAUGCAGCGAUUGGUAAGCAUGUGGUACAAUUUUGCCUUAAAUUCGGAUCCUAAUUGCCUGCAACUACAACCAACUAAAUGGGAACCAUUACGAAAACAUCCAGAACCUUACAAGUGUUUAAAUAUUGGAGAAGAACUGGAAUUUAUAGAAUCACCCGAUUAUAAUCAUCUGACAUUAUGGGACAAAUUUUACGAAAAAGUGGGAUUAAUAUAAUAUAAUAAUGGCU